AGUGGGCGGGGCGGCGGAACCCACGGCGUACUCGCAGCCUCCCAGUCGGGUUGCGGCCGAGGCCGGUCCUGGCUUUGUAGCUCUCUCAAGAUGGCGGCGCAGUCACCCAGCGGGAUCCGCCUCAGCGCGCUUUGCCCGAAGUUUUUACAUACAAAUUCUACUAGUCAUACUUGGCCAUUCAGUGCAGUUGCUGAAUUAAUAGAUAAUGCUUAUGAUCCUGAUGUGAAUGCUAAACAGAUCUGGAUUGAUAAAACAGUGAUUAAUGACCGUAUAUGCUUGACAUUCACUGAUAAUGGGAAUGGGAUGACUGCAGAUAAGCUACAUAAAAUGCUAAGCUUUGGCUUCAGUGACAAAGUCACCAUGAAUGGUCAUGUCCCAGUUGGAUUGUAUGGGAAUGGCUUCAAGUCAGGUUCUAUGAGACUGGGCAAAGAUGCAAUAGUUUUUACCAAAAAUGGAGAAACCAUGAGUGUGGGAUUCUUGUCUCAGACCUACUUGGAAGUUAUAAAGGCGGAACAUGUUGUUGUCCCUAUCGUGACAUUCAACAAACACCGUCAGAUGAUUAAUUUAGCAGAAUCAAAAGCAAGCCUAGCAGCAAUUCUGGAACAUUCUCUCUUUUCUACGGAACAGAAAUUACUGGCAGAACUUGAUGCUAUUAUGGGUAAGAAGGGGACAAGGAUCAUCAUUUGGAAUCUUAGAAGUUACAAAAAUGCAACAGAAUUUGAUUUUGAAAAGGAUAAAUAUGACAUCAGAAUUCCUGAGGAUUUAGAUGAGGCUGCAGGGAAGAAAGGAUACAAGAAACAAGAAAGGAUGGACCAGAUUGCCCCUGAGAGUGACUACUCCUUAAGGGCUUAUUGCAGUAUUUUAUAUUUGAAGCCAAGAAUGCAGAUCAUCCUACGUGGACAAAAAGUGAAGACACAGCUGGUUUCCAAGAGUCUUGCCUACAUUGAACGGGAUGUAUACCGGCCUAAAUUCCUAACUAGAACAGUGAGAAUUACUUUUGGAUUCAACUGCAGAAAUAAAGAGCACUAUGGAAUCAUGAUGUAUCACAAAAAUAGACUCAUCAAAGCUUAUGAAAAAGUGGGAUGCCAGUUAAAGGCAAACAACAUGGGUGUUGGAGUGGUUGGAAUUAUAGAAUGUAAUUUCCUUAAGCCAACUCAUAAUAAGCAAGAUUUUGACUACACUAAUGAGUACAGGCUUACAAUACUAGCAUUAGGAGAAAAGCUGAAUGAUUACUGGAAUGAAAUGAAAGUGAAAAAACAUGCAGAAUACCCCCUCAAUUUGCCAGUCGAAGACAUACAGAAGCGCCCUGAUCAGACAUGGGUUCAGUGUGAUGCCUGUCUAAAAUGGCGAAAAUUACCAGACGGAAUAGAUCAGCUUCCAGAGAAAUGGUAUUGCUACAAUAACCCUGACCCACAGUUCAGAAAUUGUGAAGUUCCAGAAGAACCUGAAGAUGAGGAUUUGGUACAUCCCACUUAUGAAAAAACUUACAAAAAGACCAGCAAGGAGAAAUACAAGAUCAGACAACUGGAAAUGAUCUCUCCGAUUAAUCCUGAGUUAUUGUUUUCAACAAAUGUUCCAAGUCAGAGCUUUUCUCCUGUGAAGGAAAGUGUUUCGAGACCACAUCUUUCAGAAGUCGGGAGCUCCUUUGCAACAAGGCUUAUAAGUAAUCUUGUUUCACCUCAGUCUGAGCCUGAAAACAGCCUGAAACGGAGACUCGGUCCUCGUUCCUCAAUUCUAAAUGUGAAGACACGGAGAUUAAAUAAUCCUCCAUUUGAAAAUUCACCUUAUAGAAAUGAUGAUGAUGAAGAUGUCAUCAUUUUAGAAGAAAAUAGCACCCCCAAACCUUCAGUAGAUCACGAUAUUGAAGUCAAAUCAGAACAGAGCCACGCUGAACAAAGUGGUGUUCAGAUUGAACUUGUUGGCAGUCCUGAAACUUGUGCCCAGGCCAGUUCAACAAGCACCUCCACCUCCAGGUGUGAGCAGGGCACUACUGCCUCCACUCAGACUGAAGUCCCGGGCUUAGUUGUUAAAAAGGAAGAAAGUGUUGAAGAUGAGGUGGGUGUAGCGAACGACAGAGUGGUGCUGCCCUCCUGUGUAAAUGCCGGAGCAGAGGUUCAGGAAACCUCAGAUAGGUCAGCAGAUGAUGCUGGCCGUCAGCUGCAGGAACUGAGAAGUGAGCUGCUUUCAGUCACACAGGAAAGAGAUGAUUACAAGAGACAGUGUCACAUGUAUACUGAUGAGAUAAAAGUCUUACAGCAGAGGAUACUAGAGAUGAACGACAAAUGCAUGAAGAAGGAGACUUGCCAUCAAUCUACUGAGACCGACGCUGUGUUCUUACUUGAAAGCAUUAAUGGUAAAUCUGAAAGCCCAGACCAUGGAGGAUCUCAGUAUCAGCAAGCCUUGGAUGAGAUAGAAAGGCUGAAGAAACAGUGCAGCGCUCUGCAGCAAGUGAAGACUGAAUGCAGCCAGUGUUCCACUAGUGAGAGUAAAAGCGAGAUGGACGAGAUGGCUGUGCAGCUUGAUGACGUGUUUAGACAGCUGGACAAGUGCAUUGUGGAGCGGGACCAGUAUAAAAGUGAGGUUCAUUUAUUGGAAAUAGAGAAAUCCCAUGUCCGUUCUCAGUGUGAAGAACUCAAAACUGAGAUUGAACUGUUGAAGUCUACAAGUCAGCAGGCAGGAGCAGAUGUUUCAACCUCAAGCAAUGCCGAGGAAUCCAGCAGUUGUGUGGAUGGGGAAAGCCUCAAACUUCGUUCUCUUCGAGUCAACGUAGGACAGCUGCUAGCUAUGAUUGUGCCUGAUCUGGAUCUUCAGCAAGUCAAUUACGAUGUUGAUGUCGUGGAUGAGAUUCUAGGGCAGGUGGUGGAGCAGAUGAGCGAGAUCAGCAGUACUUAAUUAAGGUGCAGACGUGGGUGGGGCUUCUGCUCAGUCUGGUGCAGCUUCACGGCCGCAGACUGAAGAGCCACAUCUCCACUGUAUUCUAUGCAUUCUCGUGUCACAGGUUCUGUGGACACUUUUGAAAUAACCUGUGACUGGCUGGUAUCGAGCAGCUUAAUGGCUACCUUAGCUUCUGUUCGGAAUAUAAAUAUUUGUAUUGAGCCCACACAUAUUUUUUUAUUGCCCUAGAGACUGGUGUUUUUCACCACAAGGUUUUCAGGUUGUUCCUACGGUUUGUGCAAUUUUUCUGGCUCCCUAAAAUGUAUUUUUCUCAAAAUUGAGGGCUGUGCCAUAAUGUAAAUGGAUACGUUGUUACUGUCGGUUCUUUAAAUGAGCAUACUGUGGUGGCCUCCUGAUGAGGUCUGCGUCUGUGGGAACUGAAGUAGUGCUUUCUCGGGAAACUCCUGUCUCUGAAUAACUCGCUCGUGGGGAGAGGAAAGCCAAAGCUAGCUUCAUUUUGCCUGGCUUUUUCUUGAGCUGAGAUUGCUAGUCAUUAAGUAAAAAGUAUUUUCCAGGACAAAGGAAAGAUCUUUAAAGUGUUAAAAAUAUCCAGUGACAACCAUGUUUACUUAAGCCCAUUUUUGGCUGUUGAUUCAGCAUAAAGUGGGUGCAAUAAUUAUUUGAGAUUUCUUUUUGUGAAAUUUCCUGUAUAGCCUGUGUAGGAUUACUGCAGGUCAAUGUGAGCUGAGAAGGCGGUCUUUCUCAAACAGCACUGCAUAUCUUUUACUCUAUUAUGAAUGUAAGUGUUUUUAUCCUGGAGUUAAUCACAAACGAGCCUGGGAUUAUAGUGUCACAUGCCGUAAAAUAUGCUUUUAAUGGUCUCAAGUUUUGUGCAAUCUGAAAAGAGGAGAUGGCCUUUUAUUACAUAUGUAACUGUAUAUAAUUAAGAAUCAUAUUUUCCACAACUAAAAUGUGUUAUUUUUUUCCAAAGUUUUAUUAUUGCUAUUUAUUUUAAGUUUUGUUUCUGAAAAUUUAGUACAUAUUCAUUUUGUGUAUGUGAUUAGUUAUAUACGUCUGUUGUAUACAGCAUUGAGUUUUUAUGUAUAUUACCUUCUGGAAAUUGCAAAUAAAUGAAGUUUUUGUUUUUA